GCGCGCUUUUUUACUGCUCGCUCUGCCCUUGAGAGACUCUCUGUCUGGCGCUUUCGCGGUCGCUUAGACGAUCUCGCGCGCGGAGCAGUUCAUAUAUUAUGUUUCGUGUUUACUCUGCACAGCAUCGGAAGCCAUUAGACUCGCCUUUCGAAAUUAGGCGGGAUGGAAUUGAAUAUUUGACGCGCUCAGUCGGACGAUAUAGCCUGUCAUUGCACUCGUUGCAUAAUCGCACGCAGCAGAACCGCAAUCCAAGCGCCAUGACAGUAGUCGCACUCCAGCUGUACAAACACGAUCGCGAAACGAAAGGCAAACGGGUCUACUGUUUUGGUGAUAUAUAUACAGCCUAACCCACUGGCUGCCUCAUCAGUUCGAAGCAUGUCGUCGAAGCUGGCAGUUCUUUUGUGUCUCGUGGCAGCGACAGCCGCAGGUCCUCACCGCGUGCCCCGCAUCGCUGGUGGCCACUCAGUGGAACUAGGCGAACGUCCCUACUACGUAUCCCUGUACAACAAGCACACGCUCGAUCACUACCCGAUUACGCACUGCGGUGGAGCCAUCAUCAAUGAGCAGUGGAUUCUCACGGCUGCCUACUGUGUUGGCCAAUACAAAGACGCCGAUGUACUCGUCCAGGCUGGAAACAUCUACUACAAGGGGACCUCCGACGCCCAACAGAGGUCGGGAAUCGUUGCUAGCUUCGUUCAUCCAGGAUACCAAUUCGAAAACCCCACCGGUCCCCACGACAUCGCUCUCCUGAAGCUCGAGACGCCUCUGGAGUUCAACGACUACGUCAAACCGAUCGCCCUACCGAGCGCCGGCUCCGAGCCAACCGGCUACGGUACCGUCACCGGACUUGGAUCCCUUAAACACAUGAUGAGCGCCCAGUUCCCCCAAGUUUUGCAAACCGUCGACCUGCCUAUCAUCACCUACGACGCCUGCGACAAAUUGCUCGACGAGCACUUGGGCGACAUGAAGGAAGAGAUCAACCUCCUCGACGAGACCCGCUUCUGCACCGGACCUACUCCCACCAACCAGGGAUACUGCCUACACGACACCGGUAACCCCUUCGUCGUGAAGGACGAGAUCGUCGGUGUUGCCACUUUCGGUUUCGCAGCCGACUGCGAGAAGAACCCGACCCCGUCCAUCUUCAUCCGUAUAUCCGCCCACGUCGACUGGAUCCAAGAGACCAUCAGCAAGAACUAAUAGAUCGAUCUGCUUUGCCUCUGUAAAUAAUCGAUUUGACAUAAAAUUAAUUUUUCUACGAUUGCAA